GUCCAACAUAUUUCAGUUUAUUCCCCCCUCUAAGCCCAUAUCUCUCCCUCUGUCUCUCGCGGUGGUGUCUCAGAUCAAAAUCUUAGUGUGAUCGUCGAUGAUCAGGGUUUCAAGAUGCUGUAAUUGUGGCAUUUACUGAUUCAGUUUUUCUUUCACUUGGGGAUUUGGUGCUUCUGCAUCUGAAGGUUAAGAAUGGGUGUGGCUCAGAACAAUCUAGACAUGGAGGAGGGCACCCUGGAGAUUGGCAUGGAGUACAGAACUGUUUCUGGAGUUGCCGGACCUCUGGUUAUCCUCGAGAAAGUUAAGGGACCAAAAUAUCAAGAAAUUGUUAAUAUUCGUUUGGGGGAUGGAACAACCAGACGCGGUCAAGUUUUGGAAGUUGAUGGGGAGAAAGCUGUGGUUCAGCUGUAUGCAAAUUAUGCUAUUGGAAAAGAUGUCCAGGCAAUGAAAGCUGUUGUAGGAGAAGAAGCUCUGUCCUCUGAAGACUUGUUGUAUUUGGAGUUCUUGGACAAAUUUGAGAGGAAAUUUGUUGCUCAAGGAGCGUAUGACACCCGCAACAUCUUCCAAUCUCUUGAUUUGGCGUGGACACUGCUUCGCAUCUUCCCCCGAGAGCUUUUGCACCGCAUACCAGCCAAGACCCUUGACCAGUUCUACAGCCGAGAUUCAGCCAAUUAAUGGAAUAAACCAGCCAGUGUACCCUAUACACCCCUUUUUUUGUUUGCAUUAGUGCUAUUACUUGCUGUUUGCCUGCCUCUCUCUCAGGUUUCAUCCCUCCUUUAUUGAGCAUGAAAUAAAGGUUGUAGCCCAUUCCAGAA